AUGGAAAUGCUAUCACACUCUACGAUCAUGGACCAGUCAAGAGAACGAUUCCUGUGCCAAGCUGAGACAGAAGGACGUCUCUCUGAACAGGACUCGAAGUACCACAUAUUCAGCUUACAAGCAGAUGGCGCCAUCGAGCAUGAAGUUCAGUUCGAUGUAGUGAGCCAAGCGCCAGCAAGCGGAAAGUCCGAGAAGCACGAUACACCGCGUCGAACGAUUGACUACCAGAGAGGACUAAAUAGUGCUCUGAGAUGCGUCUUACAAAGCAAAAGGCCCAAGCACAGAAGUGGCCAUCCUGAUGCUCUGCCUUUCAGAAGCGCCGAAGCCAUGCGAACAGUCUUCCAGAAUUUGAGCCUUCCAUCAGCAUACUUCGAGAUAGCUGAUGGCUCGCCGGCUACUGCCCAGUCGUAUACAUUCAAGACACAAAGUCACAAUCCUCUCCGAUUAGAGCUUGUAGCACAUUGCAUUACCAAGCAAGGAGACUGGGCCGUGGCUCUCACUCACUCUGCUUCAACAGGAUCUACCACCGUGUUCUGGAGUCUAGACGAGCGAAUAGACUCUUCGCGGCUUAGCGAAGAUCUACUAGCGUUUCCUCAACAUGCUAUACAUCCAAUGCUAAUCCCAUGCAUCAUGUUCGCCGCAACCCUCCGGAUGGCAGUCGAGCGGCGGCAUAUGAUCAAAGACCGAUUACAAAUGCUAGAAGACUCCAUACCACGCAUUGGCCGAACAGUAUCCAUCAUCUCCGAGAAAGUGCAUGAGCAAGAUGCUGCUUUCGAGGACUCGCACGACUUCGACAGGCUGUUCAAUCUACUCCACAGCUGCAGGAAAGAUCAAGCAAGCAGAAAGGGCAGCUUCCGUGACGUGAUAGAGCAAGGUUUUCUGUAUUUCGAGAGCCUACUAAAGAAGCAGCCAAACGAAGAGCACUUCCAGAUCAAUGCAGAGCUGAAGCGAUGGUACGAUAUUACAUGGCAACGGAUCGAGAGUCUGAUGGCUCGAGACAAAGACCACAUCGACAGGGUAGAGAACUUCUCUCAGACCCUUUACAGCCUGAUCCAGCAGCGGGAGAUCCAACUCCAAUCGAGUAUCGCAAGAGCUGCGCAGCGAGAUAGCGAGGGCAUGAAGUAUAUCGCGGUACUUGGCUCGAUCUUUCUACCGGCCAGCUUGAUCGCGACCAUCCUGAACGUCCCCGUGUUCCAAUUUGCUCGGGGCCCAACACUAUUUGGUGCGUAUAUGGCCAUCACGAUCCCUUUCUCAGCGAUCGUGGUCUAUCUGUGUCUCAGCCGUCCGUACUGGAUCAAGUGGCGACAGGGACGAUCAUUCACGAGGAGACGGGGUGAUGUGUCGAUGAAACGCACAGCGACAGGGAUGGCGUGA